UGCACUUGCUACCAUCCCUCACACAAAAAGAAAAAUGAAGUUAUUAUUUGCAACAUUGUUGUUUAUUUCCCUGGUUUUCAGCUCAUCAUUUGUCCAACUCUCCUUUGCCACACCUGCCGCCCCUCCUUCUCCUUCUCCUGCUUCAGCUCCAAGUUUCUGUGAUAGCAAGUGCGGGGAGAGGUGUUUCAAAGCAGGACUGAAAGACCGGUGCUUGAAGUAUUGUGGGAUAUGCUGCCGAGAAUGUAAAUGUGUUCCUUCAGGGACCUAUGGCAACAAGUCGGAGUGCCCUUGCUAUCGAGACAAGUUGAACUCCAAGCACCAGCCCAAGUGCCCUUAAGACUUCAGAGUUGAUCAAAUCAUGCACCUUCGUCAGCUGUGUCUUAUUACUAUAUCUUAUAUAAUUCUUUUGCCAGUAUCGCUUCAGUUUAAUUAUGUGUUGAUUUUGCCACUUUCGUCUGCCUUCAGAUCAGUUCUCUGAAUCCGAUCCACCCACUUCUUUGGGAAUUAAAGCAAUA